GUUCAUUUAGAAUGUAUUCGUGGUCCAGAUCCAAUCUGUCUCGAUUGGAGAGAAAUUUGCGAUGGAUCUGUCGACUGUUCAAAUGGAAUCGACGAGGAGAAUUGUUGGCAAAUGGAAAUUAAUGAAUGCAAAGAGCAUGAAUAUCGAUGCCAUAAUGGUCAAUGUAUACCAGAAGAAUAUUUAUUGGAUGAUUUAUGGAAUCCAGAAUGUAUUGAUAGUACAGAUGAAAUUGUAUACUCUCUAACAUGGCUUAUAUGUAUAAAUGAUCCAGCUAUGCGAUGUGAAGACCAUGCAUGUCCAGUAUUGCGAUAUGCAUCGUUUGCGGAGAUGGACAGUCUGUACAGGCAAAUCAGCCUCGAAAUCAUCAAUGCCUAA